AGUGUAUGCAAAUUCAAAUGCAAACAAGAGGUUGUCGUACACAUACUGUCUAAAUUUGAGAUUCAUCGGCGCAUCGGUGGGCCAGGUCACUUAGGACACUUUGUUUCUUUAUGAAACAUGUCGAGGGAUCUACAAGAAAGAAGCUUUUCUAAAGAAUUUGGCAGCAGAAAUGUAAGUUUAUUAAAUAUAGUUUCAGGGCCUCGUGUACCCCACAGAUCGUUUCACAUGGCAUUUAUUGAGGCAUCUAAGUGUAUCCACCUCGAUGUUUCACUUUCACAAUGUAGUGCAGUUUUGUUAAGAUUACUUCUGUUACGUUUGGGAUUCUGAAAAAACUUCCGAUCGACGCUAACAUCUUGUAACUUUCAGACCUUUCCAAGUUUCUAGAAAAAUUUCAGCAGAGAGCAUGAGAACGAAUAGCAGAUAUUACAAUUGGUCUUAAAUUUCCCGGCUCUUAAGCUCUAUUAGCUAGCUUCUAGCGAAUUGCUCAAUGAAAGUUAUAAUGACCCAAGCUUUCUGUCGCCGUUAGCUCAUGUGCUCGAUAUUAAGUAGAAGUCAUGACCAAAAUUGAAAAUAUCGAGCGAAAGAAUAUUCUUUGCUUUCUUUGCGAUCCUAGUUAGAAGACAUCUCAAUAUUUCCGCCUUCAAGAAACCCGAGGCAGGAGACCCCCAGCUUUUCUGUGUAUUGAAGAUGUCUUCAAGUUUAUGCUUUUCUUAGCUUUCCUUUGUCGAUAAACGUAGAGUAUGAUGCGCGUCGAAAACUGAUGCGGUUUACUGAUAACCCAGCGGCAGCCAUUGUAUGACAGCCUUUCAUAUGACACGGGAUAUGACACAAUACGGCCCAAAUGCUUUUGGAAACAACAGAUCAACAAGCAGCGCGUUUGUCAGAAAACUUGUAAAGAAUUUACAAGUGAACGACAAGCCAGUGGUCAAAUUGAUUCUGAGUGUACAUAGUCAAAUAAUGACUUAAUUGGCAGUGAAAGCUAAAUCAUAGCUUAAACAUCUGCAAUAUGGAUUACCGUACUUCAACACUGAAAAUGCUACAGGCAAUAUGAUUAUGAUGACGACCAGAGUGUUCUCAUUUAAUUCACUUAUUGAAUGUCGCAGAUAUGAGAAAAUUGCUAAGCCCCAUGCCUGCGCUGUCGUCAGUUUCCACAUUUGUUUUGCACAUUGUUGUGUUGCUUAGCUAGAUUAGUCUUUUCACUAUCGUUCUCUUUGAAAUUCAAUAGACCAAUAUUCAGAAAUAUUGUUCAUUCAGUUUGCUUCAAGAUAGAAACCCGAUAAUGUAUAAUAUGGUAUAAUGCUUGGUUCUAACGAACGACCUGGCAGUAAAAAGGCAUAAAUACUUUGGAAGUCAUUUUAAAAAAGUAUUUGCUUUUAUGAACAAAGAGAAAGCCGUGUCUCUUGUAACUGAAGCAACUAUUACUCCCUAAUGUCUAGUAAAGCGGAACUUUGAGACUUCAUUUGCUCUUGGAUCAUGCUAAUGCGCUCAGUUAAGGAUCUCAAAUCGUCCACAAUCGUAAAUAUAACUGUUGUGUUGACUAAAUACCCUCGACAACUAAUGUGUUAAACCCCCUUCUUGAAGGCAUUGGUUUUAAUUCUUAUAAUAGUCAUUCCAGUCAUACUCCCAGAAUUGUCAGUUUCAUGGUCUUGUAAUCAUGAAAAUAAACAAAACAAAUGAAAACAAUGACGGAGCGAGUUGAUGGUUGUGGUGUGACUCACGUUUAUAUUUAUUCUUGUCAACGUAGGUUAAGAAUGAAUUUUCAAGACGUAAACAUUUUCUCCUGCACCAAGGUUGCUGAAUGGCGAAUGCAGAACCUUCACCUCUGGCCAGCUCAAGAGAGAAGACAAAUGGAAGCAAGCUAAACAGACUCCUUAUCGAUGGUGGAACAACAGUACUGAGGAAAAUUUUUGAUCGGCAUCACCCACCUGCCAACUUGUCUUCUAGUCUCAAUGCCAAUUACUACACUCUUCACAACCUUUUGCGUAGAAGAGUACUAAAUGGCCAUCAGUGGGGAAAACUGUUCCCCCCUGGAAGGAUACCAGAUUCUAACACGUUUGACAUCACUCUUCUGUUCCUUCUACUAACCAACAUUUGUGGUUUAUCCCUCCCCAACAGGAUGGCAUACCAAGCCAUCCCCUAAUGACAAAUCUCUCGAGGCUAACCUUGCUCGCGUUAAGUUCUUUCGGAAUAGGCUGUAUGGUCACAUGACAACCACCGGUGUAGAUGAGACGUCUUUCUCUACCAUCUGGCAGGAAUUAAGCACUACUCUUCAUUCUCUGGGUUUAGAUCAAGCAGAAAUUGACAGACUGAAGGCAGAGGGGGUGGAGAGCAAGAUUACCUUGAUGUCUUGAUUGAGUGGGCUGACAGUGAACAGGACAUAAAAACACAGCUGAAGAAUAUUCAGCUGAUGCAACUAAAAGUCGUUAAAACAUUUGAAUAUGGAGCUUUAAACCCGGAAGAGCUACGUCACAAUCAGUACGCCCUAAGCAAAACUCGGAAUGUUGCAGAUGAAGAAGUGGAGGUAGAACUUAAAGGACAUCAAGAAUUGAGGGCAGCACACCAGGAAAGAUUCGUAAAAGUACGGUUGUUACAGUAUAUUCAGUUAUUUUGAUUAAUAUAACUAAUGUUUACCAUUAUCAGCUCACGUGAAAAUCGACUUCUUUUAAUUCUCUCUCUCCGUCUUCAGGAAAGCGCUACUGAUGGACGGUCAGCCUCUUUCGUGAGACGCCCUUUAAGGAUAACACUAGUCGGAGGUGAAUGGGAAUCAUCGAAAGGCGGAUUGUCUACGCUGAACAGGGAAUUAGCAAAAAACCUUGCACGUCAGCCUGAGGUUGAAGUAACUAUCCUACUGCCAAAAUACACUGAACUGGAGAAGAAAGAAGCUAAUGAAUCUAAUGUGUGCCUUGUAACACCAGAGGCGAUGCUCGUGUCUGAUCCCAUCAUGAAAUUGUGUUUUCCUCCUAAAGAUCUUGAUAUUGAUGUUGUUGUAGGCCAUGGUCAUGAGCUUGGAGUACCAGCUCAGAUCAUAGCUAAACAGCGCAACUGCAAGAGAGUUCAUAUAGUACACACCGCCAGUGAAGAGCUUGCAAUGUUGAAGGAAGGUGAAACAGUGCUCCCUGAAGGCGAGGGGAAGCACCGAACUGAAAUGUAUCUGUGUAAGGAAGCUGACGUCGUCGUGGCCAUUGGACCAAAGCUAAAGGAAACUGUCUCAGCCAAUCUUCGGUGGUGCGGCAGAGAUGAACGUGUGAUAGAUAUCACACCUGGUAUUUUUUCGGAGUUCGCAGAGUUGGAGCAAGCCAGUCAGGAGAGAGAACAGUUCCGCAUCUUAGUGUUUGGUUGUCGUAACUUGGAAGAUUUUAAACUAAAGGGAUAUGAUAUAGCUGCUCAAGCUAUAGCAAGCUUAAAGACGAAAGCUACCUUCUUCAGUUUGUCGGGGCACCAAAAGGUAACGAAGAAGAAGUUAAAAACAGGUUACUGAAGUGUGACAUUUCUCACACACAGUUAACUGUGCGAGGCUUUACUGAGAGUCGCGAGGAAUUAAAAAAAUUCUUGUGUGAGGCGGAUCUCGCCAUUAUGCCGUCACGAACGGAAGGCUUUGGCCUCACAGCUCUCGAAGCACUCUCCGCUGGCCUUCCUAUUUUGGUAAGUAACAAUUCGGGGUUCGGUCAAGCUAUCCGUAAAGUAGAAUUCGGAUCUGCGAGUGUGGUGUGGUCCGAUGAUCCUGAAGAGUGGCGUAAAACUAUCAGACAUGUGAGACAGAAAGAAAGGAAACUCCGGCUAAAGGAGGCUUGUUCUCUUCGAAAGUCGUAUGACAAAGAGUACAAGUGGGAGACACAGAGUGAAAAGCUUGUAGAUAGAAUUCGACAAAUCCUCAAAAAAGAUUUGAGUAGACACUCAAUGUUGUUACAUGAUCGUAAAUAUUAGCAUUUACGCUAAAACCAACGCUAACGGAUUGCCGUUCAACAGGAGAUCAAAGACACGGCUUUUGAACGGGUGAACCAAGCCGUUUGAACGGGUGUAUCUCAACGGAUGAACAAUUUGCUAGGUAUAAAAAUUAAUUACAGUUUGCCUUUUACGCUUUUGUUCUUCGUUGUCUUUUCCUUUUGAAAGAUAAGGAAGAGUCUUCAACUUUCCUUUAUCGGGGUGGGCGUAGCCAUAACUGUGGUCAAAUCUUGUUGUUUCUAAGGCCCCUCUUUUAAGUUCUCUCUCUAAUCAUGUUAGUCCUCUACUCAAAUCCUUAGUUAACCUAUGUACUGUUUAGCUGAUCGGUGUUUUUUCGAAAAAUAUAUAUAAUUAUAUUUCUUUAUUUUUCGUAAAAUUAUGUCAAAUAUCUUACGGAGUGUAUCCUUUUACUUCGUUUUCUUUAGAGUAACUUAGCUUUCGUAGCCUUAAAAGACUAAGCAAAGCAAAUUUUUGCAACAAGGUUUGAAUGUCAGAUUUUUACAAUGCUAUAUUCUUUUGUUUGGAUGGACAUGUUUUAUUUCUUUAUAGUUUGGUGGCCUUUUAAAGUGAUCUUUUUAAGGUGUCCCAUUAUGAUAUAAGACCAAGUUCUGGUGACAAAUUUCCGAAGUCAUUUUCCCGGCAAUAGUGUCAAGAUAUGAAAAACUAAACACAUGAUUUUUUGAAAAAAUGGGCCCUCUAGUCCACUGUUGAAAAUUUCAGAGUUACAGUAUUGAAGCUUAAAAAGACCUUAGUUUAAAUUUCUCACAAAUUUGGCGCUUAAACUCUCUAACACGAACCAAGAGAGAGCUGACCCUCAGUGGGAUUGCGUAUAGAAGGGUCUAUGGGGGCAUUUGCUGUCUUUCUCUUCACCCUCUGUUGGUUAAAUAAAUUUUAUGAUAUGGCCUUCAUCAGGCUUUAAGGUUUAUUAGACCAGAGUUCCUACCGUGACCUGUUGCGUCUAUAUUUUAGAAAUCAUUUCUACAUUCAGUGUAAACAAACCAUCUUGAGACUGGACUACACCAUUACAUUAUGGUUCCUUAUCUUUGCUAUAUAAUUUCAAAGCGUAAUGUUACCGAUGUCAGUACUAGCCUGCGAGGGCAUCCGUUUUUUGGCUCUAGUUUCGGAAGAGAAGCGACGACCGCAAAUACGUCUGCGGUUUGCAGGUUAUGUCAGUACUGUCGUUUGCUGUUUCAGGCAUCUGGUGGUUUGGUUCCUAGUGUUCUAUACUCUUAUGAUCGAUUAGUUUUUAAAUUUUCUUGUUUAGUUAACAAACAAAUCAGGCGUGUAUAUUUAACAGUUAAUGAUGAGGAUGAUUAUCUUGUGAAGAAUUUUGGAGUGCGAGGAGGGUGUUAUCCCUCCGAGAUCUCCA